UGCUCUUCAAGCACAUCUGGAAAGUGUCCCGGGAAAUCCAGCCUAGACACAUCAUUCAGUGGCACAAAUACUCAUUAGUAUCGAUAUUGAACGCUCAUUGGACUUCUUCGUAAACCUUCCCCACGGUUGCGCCGGCCCGUCAGGUCUCGCAGGUCUCCUGUCAAAAGCCAGUCUCACUGAAAACGGUUGAAGGCAGUCUCACUAAAGGAACUUCGCGUGCCUCCCGUAAUGCCAUUGCUAAGACGAACUCACACCAAAUCGAGAGGAGGUUGUUUUGAGUGUAAGCGACGGAAAGUGAAGUGUAAUGAAGUAAAACCAAUUUGCGCGGGCUGUACAAAACAUGAAACGCCGUGUGACUAUCCGUCUGUAGAAGGGUCUUCCCAGAGGAUGCCGCCCGCCCCACGACCUCGACCCGAUAGGCUCAUAUUGCCUUCACUUCUCACAUCCACUGCAGACAGUUCUGUGGCUGCAGCACCUCCUGGAAUUGGGGUACUUUUCACUGGGCCGCGGCAAUCUCUCGAGCCUGACCCAACCACUCCGCUGAAAAGACUUGGAAGUUUUGACACGGAGGAUAUAACUUUAUGGCACCAGUUUAUUACGGCAACAGCGGCAACGAUGUCGGGUCCUUGGAUGACAGAGCUGCCGAAGAUUGCUCUUUCAUGUGACUAUCUCAUCCAUGGAAUGAUGUCAACUGCUGCACUUCACCUUGCAUACUUGCAUCCAGAUCAACUAGAAAGAUACCAACUUCUCUCAGUACAGCACCAAGAUGUUGCCCUUGGGCCAUUUCAAAUUGCCAUGUCAAACAUCACAACGGAGAAUUGCAACCAAGUCUUUGGAUUUUCCCUCCUCCUGAUGGUGUCGCACUUCGUAUCUUUUCGCGCUCCCGAAUUUUUCUUCCCGUCCUCGACAACAGGAAACAACGGCCUGUCCAACUGGGUCAUUUGGCAUCGUGGCUGCCAAACUAUCUUGAACCAGGCCCGGGAAAGCAUCACAUCUGGUCCGCUUGCGCCUUUGAUUGGUGAAGAACAGAGAGCAAGAAUCUACACUGAGGCAACUAACCAAACAUCAGGGGAUGAAAAUGACAAAAGCUUGGAGAAUUUACUUCGGUGCCUCAAUGAAUCCUCAGCCAUCGAAGCUUCCACGACCGUCGCUGAAAUGGAAGCGUACGAAGAUGCCACAACUCGGCUGCGCAGACUCCUCAAAGCUUCUUCACAGACAGAGGAUCCUGUAAUUCGUAGAGCUUUUGCCUCUAUCUGGCCCGUCAUAAUAUCUGACGUUUUUAUUCAGCUUCUAAGUCAGUUGAAGCCUCUUGCACUUGUCAUAAUGGCCCACUACUGCCUGUUGAUUAAGAACUGUCACUCGUGCUGGUAUAUGGAGCAUCGAGCGUACCAUAUGUUUGAUGCAGUUAAACAGAAUCUGAGUGAGGAAUGGAUAAUAUAUAUAGAACACCCACUGAGGGUUUUUGGGGCGGGCCUUGGAGAAGACGACGCCAACUUGGCUGCUUGAAGGAGUGUAGUGGACAGUACACGAGUCAAAUGUAAGAAUCAAGCCA